CACACACACACACACACACCGCGGGGACGCUAUAAAGCAGCUCUGUCGGCGUGCUCGUGUCAAAAGUGCUGAAGAUGUGAGGAGGAACUUCUCUUCUCUUCUCUGCUCUUCACACGUGUGCGGUUCCUUCCUGCUGAAUUUCGGAAACAAAGUCGCGUUUUAUAUCAUUUUUUGUUUCAUUGUUGUUCCCUAUUUUGUGCGCGCGCGCGACUCCCGACUUCUGAACAUUUUCUACUUUUUUUUUUUUUGAAGAUUCGGUUUUCUUUCUGACCUGCCUGCGGGCAACAUCAGCACGAGCUCAGCUUCGCUCUGUGUGUGUGUGUGUGUGUGUGUGUGUGUUUGUUGGACGUCGCGGUGAUGGGCGCGUGUCCCGUAAGCUCGGUGUCUGCGCUCCGCCUGUGCGGUUCCUGGAGCUCGCGCCGGUUCCUGCUCGUGCUGCUGCAGCUGCUGGUGUGUUUGGUGUGUGGGGUCACGGGGACCUGGGGACCGGGAGUGUACAGCUACCGAACCGGAACCUCACCCAACAAAGACCCGAGCAGAAGGAACUGGUGUCCUCAGACUGUUACGAAGACAGUGACAUGUCAGGUUCAGAACGGUACGACUUUACAACGGGUUUAUCAGACGUGCAGGUGGCCGCAGGGAUGCACCAGCGGCAGUUACCGUACAGUGGUCCGGCCCUCCUUUAAAGUGGUGUAUCGCACAGUCACAGCUCUGGAGUGGAAGUGCUGCCCCGGGUUCAGUGGAGCUCAAUGUGAGGAAGGUUCUGCAAGUGGUAAUCUGGUGUCUCAGGAGGCUGUGAGAAAACAACCGAUGGUCCGCAAAUCCACGCCGCCCAAACCAGCGGAGCAGCUUUCCAGUUGUCUGAACUGCAGUGGUAUCACGGCUCUCACCAAUCGGCUUGGCUCUCUGGAGAUGAAGGUCCAGCUCCUGUCUGCACACACACCUGAACCAUCUAAAGGUGGAGGUGACCCUGAGACGACCUCCUCCUCCCUGAUGGGGGCUCCACCUGCCAGAGGAGCUCCAGGAGCACAGGGUCCUGCAGGUCCACAGGGGGAACGAGGCAGGGACGGGAUCCCAGGCCAAGACGGGAAACCGGGUUCUCAGGGAUUACCUGGGCCAAAGGGGGAGGCGGGGGUGAGAGGACCAUCAGGUUCUCCAGGGUCUCGUGGAACACCAGGACCAGCAGGUCCUCGGGGGCCACCAGGGCUUCCAGGAGCAAAGGGUUUACCUGGACCGCCAGGACCACCUGGACCCCCAGCACCUGUUGCUGAAGACAGUGAGAAGAAAAACUUGCUGCUGUCCAAUAGUUUUCCCGAUCCUCGACUGGUUCCUGCUCAGGGGCCUCCGGGACCCACAGGACCUCCAGGAGCUCAUGGACCAGCUGGACCCCCAGGACCUACUGGACCAAGUGGAAAGCCCGGUUCCCCUGGUGCACCAGGACCCACAGGACCAAAAGGAGAGCGAGGAGAGAGAGGGCCUCUGGGGUAUCCAGGAGAGAGGGGCUUCAAAGGAGAGCCAGGUGAACGAGGACUGAAGGGAGAGCCGGGUGAGAAAGGACUUCCGGACGUUAGUUUGAAGAUGUUUCAAGACUUGCAAGCUGACUUGGAGCUGCUGGCUCGCAGGGUGCAGCUGCUGGAGGCGAUCGUCUGGCCAGAACCUGAUGGAGGAUCCGGAGACGGCCCGUUCAGCACCCAGUCGACAGACUUCUUCCGCAACAAGCGUGCCGGCGUCCUCCCGUUCCGGGUCAAAUCUCCGUUUCUUCUUCCCGAGUCUAAAACCCGAGCGAAGUCCUAAAGGAUCAAGCUCACCUUCCAGCUUGGACUGGCAAACCCUCACAAGUCCCUACAACACGUACCGUAAACGCACAGGUCCACGCAAUAUUUCUGGAACACAACAUUGAAUAAGGAAGAGGUGGGGUUGGGUGGGUCGGGGGCUGGUAACACCUCAGGGAAAAGAACUGAGUGGUGCUGCUGAAGUUCACCAUCUCAACUGAAAGUCAGUCUUUAACUUCUGUCUCCCUUUUACAUGAAACCAAGGAAUAAAAACAGAAAUGUACACUCGUUCUAAAGGUGCUUGAGUAACGGUUUUUGGGACAAUAAAUGGGGACGAUACAAGCUGGUACACAGGAUGGAGAAGGACAUCAGGUUAUUAUUCGCUGAAUAUAUAUAAAUCUAUAUUUUACCAGACCCCUUAGGGAAGCUGGGAAAUGUAUCAUUAUGUAGGAAAACUCGUAUUCACUAUUCAUUUUUCAACUAUUUAAGCAAUAAACGUAGUUAUCCUCCCUAGCAUUAAAUGCACCAUGUUAGAUUUGUUUUGUUUUUUUAAUUCUAGAGAAGAAGGAGUGAAACGGAACAACUCGCAAAUGGCUUUACGUUGAAACCCAACUUACCUGAAGCUUGACAUUUUGACAUGACGUUGUGUAUCUGUACCUAUUUAUUUGCAUUUUUACUGCUAAAACGUAGAGCUUUAAAUUUCAAACACAAGUAGAAUGAAUACCGAGUGCACGCUACAACAUUUCAGCCCAAUAACUUUAUUAUUAUUGUUAUUUCCGUAUAUGUUAUAAAUAAUCUAAAAUACAAACCUCACCCUCACAAUUCCUUCAUUAUAAUUAAUUAGUAUUAGGAAUCGAAGUCAUAGAAAACUAUUGUUUUUUUUUUUUUUUUUUAUUUAAAUUUCCCAAAAAUCUGGCAGGAAAUUCCUAAAUCCUGGCUGCUACCUGCUUAUGCCACUAAUUUAACAAAUACCAUAACAUAACAGCUUACAAUUUCUCAAUUAUUCCCCUUAAAGGUGAGGAUUUUGUAAGUCGGUGCUGGGCCCCCUGUGGAUUGCUGCUCAUGUGAUGAGUAUGUGUGUGUGUGUAUAUAUAUAGGGUUAAUUAUUGCUUCUUUUUUUGUGUUUUUUUUAUAAUUACACACCAAAGCAAGUUAUUUAGUCAUCAGUUCCAACUGAUUUCAGGAUUUCAUCAAGAAACUUUCAGGGGUUUAGAGUUUAAUCUAGAAAAGAAAAUUGCACCUACUCAUACAAAAAACUAAUUUGUCUGUCAAACUUAUUUUAUUUUUAUUUUUCCACAUUUUCCUUCUCAUAGCGUGGUGCAGGUUUGUUCAUGUACAUGUGCUAAUGGCUUCACUUUCAGAGGAAAAUUCUAAACAUUUAAAUUUAGAUCCAUAUACUAUCAAGUCAAGUCAAGAAGCUUGACUUGAUUAUUACGACAUUAUAACUAAUAAUAAUAAUAAAAUGAAUAAUACUUUUCUUUACAUCCUAACUUUUUUCUCCUCAAAUUAAAUACAAUAAAUUUCCCUAAAUUAAUUUCCUAAUUAUGAUGGUUUUUUGUAAAACACACUCUGAAAUACGAUCUGACAAUUGUUUGUUUCAAUAAUUUUUGUUUAUAAUAAUUGUUUCAAAAAAAAAGUCUGGAAUUGUGUAACAUGCCCUUGGUUUCAGUCACGUUUCACUGCAACUCACGUGUGGAGGAAAUUCUGUGUAAUUUAAACCCUUUUUCUAUAAAAUACAGAAUAAUUAAGAUCAUGUCAUGUCACAUGGUCUUCAGAGGGUUCUCCAGGGUUCCUUAUGAUGAUGUCCAGGGUUUUGUAGAGGGUUGUCCAGGCUUCCUCAGCUGUCCUUCAGAGGAAUCUGUAUUAAUCCUAUGUACCUGAAGAGCUUUAAUUAACCAGCAAAGCCUAGAGGAACCCCUGAAGAACCUUUUUUUAAUCUUCUGUCUUUAUUGUUCACUGAAGCUCAAUACAUUGAUGAUAAUUUGCAGUUAUGUCGACUUGAAUUUUUACUUUUUCUCUACACAGCUUUAUUUCUUUCAGACGUCUUUUUCUUUCAACACUCGUUGUCUGUGUUUUCUCUCGUAAUGUUCAUUAUUUAAUUAUUGAUUAUUAGUUGAUGUUGAUGUUUUUUUUCCUUCAGUAUUUUUUUUCUGCUUAAAAAAAAUUUGCUCGGAUUUUUUCUUGUGUUUAAAGUGUUAAAACUAAUAAAGUGUUUCGUGUCACC